CAUCCACAGUGGUGGGAGGGGCCCCUUCUGCUAAAAUUGCCCAGUGCGCGUCAUGAUGAUACAGUAGGGCAAUGCGUUUUCUGCGCAAGUCACAGUCUUUUCAGAAAAAACAAAACAAAACAAGAGGAUAUUUCCCUUUAUCUGCCACGGUCUGUCGCGGCUGCAGCAGUUUUCCCCCCUCCGUUAUUUUGCUGCGAGCGUCACAUCCCUCGUGGUGGCCGGAGGAAUGUGGAGACCGAGUGCUUUAAAAAUAGCAUCCUCUCCUCUGACAGCGCUGCUCCGGUGACUCCCGCAGCAUUGUGGUGCGAGAAGCAGGAAUGCGAAGAUGGCUGCAGACCUAGGCGAGCUGCUGGUCCCAUACAUGCCCACCAUCAGAGUCCCCAGAACAGGAGACAGGGUUUUCAAGAGCGAAUGUGCCUUUUCCUACGAUUCUCCCGAGUCUGAGGGAGGCCUGUAUGUGUGUAUGAACACGUUUUUGGGCUUUGGAAGAGAACAUGUGGAGAGACAUUACCGCAAAACAGGACAGAGUGUUUACAUGCACCUCAAACGACACAUCAAAGAGAAAGCCACAGGUGCUGCAGGAGGCGCCAUCCCCAGAAGAAGAAACGGAAAAGUCUUUCUUGAUUUAGAGCUAAACCGUGAUUUUAAUGGAGAGGACUAUGAGUAUGAGGACGAGGCCAAGCUUGUCAUAUUUCCAGACCACUACGAGAUCCCCUUACCAAAUAUUGAGGAGUUGCCUGCACUGGUGACUAUAGCCUGCGAUGCAGUGCUCAAUGCAGCAUCAGCUUACAAAAAGCAGGACCCUGAAUCCUGGGAGGAGGAGAUCCAGGUGUCCAGACAUGCCAGGAGCCUCAGACAGCUUGAUAAUGGGGUCAAGAUCCCACCUAGUGGCUGGAAGUGUCAGAAGUGCGAGAUGAGAGAGAACCUGUGGCUGAACCUGACAGACGGAGCGGUGCUCUGUGGGAAGUGGUUUUUUGAUGGGAGUGGAGGCAACGGCCAUGCCCUGGAGCACUACAGAGAGACCAACUUCCCCCUGGCUGUCAAACUGGACACCAUCAACCCAGACGGAGCAGAUGUCUAUUCAUUUGAGGAAGAGGAAGCGGUGCUGGACCCCCACAUAUCAGAACACUUAUCACACUUUGGAAUAGAUAUGCUACAGUUGCAGCAACCAACAGAGAAUGGGCACCACACAGACAACAACGCCCGGCAGCGGGUCAGCGAGUGGGAGGUGAUCCAGGAAUCGGGGAUGAAGCUCAAGGCGGUGUAUGGCUCCGGUUACACAGGCAUCAAAAACCUGGGCAACAGCUGCUACCUGUCCACGAUAAUGCAGGUCCUCUUCAGCAUCCCAGAGUUCCAGAGGAUGUAUGUGGGCAAUCUUCAGAGGAUAUACGACUAUUCACCCCUGGACCCCACCCAGGACUUUGCCACUCAGAUGGCUAAGCUGGGUUAUGGACUGCUCUCAGGCCAGUACUCCAAACCACCCAUGAAAUCUGAGCUCAUUGAACAGGUGAUGAAAGAAGAAUACAAGGUAUUAGACUGGCACCAGCAGAGGGGCGUCUCUCCCAGGAUGUUCAAGGGCCUGGUCAGCAAGGGGCACCCAGAGUUUUCCUCCAACAGACAGCAAGAUGCCCACGAGUUCCUCCUCCACAUCAUCAACCUGGUCGAGAGGAACAGUGCCGGCUCUGAGAAUCCCAGCGACGUUUUCCGCUUCCUGGUGGAGGAGCGUGUUCAGUGCUGCCAGACACGCCGGGUGCGCUACACUCAGCGGGUGGACUACCUCAUCCAGCUGCCGGCCCCCAUCGAGUGUGCCACCAAUCGAGAGGAGCUGCUCGCAUACGAAGCCAAGCGAAAGGAUGCAGAGGAGAACAUGCGGGCCCCUCCUGAGCCGGUGCGAGCUCGGAUUCCCUUCACUGCGUGCCUGCAGGCCUUCACCGAGCCGGAGAAUGUUCCCGAUUUCUGGAGCUCAGCGCUGCAGGCCAAGUCAGCCGGAGUCAAGACAUCCCGUUUUGCCUCCUUCCCAGAGUAUCUGAUUUUGCAAAUCAAGAAAUUCACAUUUGGGGUUGACUGGGUGCCAAAGAAACUAGACUUGGCCAUAGAUGUUCCAGACUUCCUGGAUCUGAACAGGCUGCGGGCCACGGGGCUGCAGGUGGGGGAGGAGGAGCUGCCAGACCUCACACCUCCCAUCGUUCUACCUGAAGACACCCGAGAUAACUCCAUGAGCUCCAUAGACUCUCCAGAAAUAGAUGAGGUGGCAGUAAUGCAGCUAGCAGAAAUGGGCUUCCCGCUGGAGGCCUGUCGGAAGGCGGUCUACUACACAGGCAACAUGGGGCCCGAGAUGGCCUUCAACUGGAUCAUAGCCCAUAUGGAGGAGCCCGACUUUGCAGAGCCUCUCACGCUGCCCUCCAUGAUCGAUCCAGGUCCCUCUUCCAGCAACAGUCCCAUGGGAGCCACUUCGUUGGACAACUCACCACCAGAGGAGAGUAUUGCCAUCCUCACUUCCAUGGGCUUCCCUCGCAGUCACACCAUCCAGGCCCUCAAAGCCACAAACAACAACCUUGAACGAGCACUGGACUGGAUCUUCACCCACCCAGAGGAGGAGGAGAGCGACGCCCUGUCAGACAUGGCUGACACAGAACCCAACGACAACGCUUUCUCCAACGCCAACUCACACAGCGACUCCACACUGUCCCCAGACCGGGACGCGUCAGGCCCAAGGAUCAAAGAUGGACCGGGACGUUAUGAGCUCUUCGCCUUCAUCAGCCACAUGGGAGCAUCCACAAUGUCUGGACAUUACGUAUGUCACAUCAAGAAGGAGGGAAGGUGGGUGAUCUACAACGACCACAAAGUGUGUUUGUCAGAAAGGCCUCCAAAAGACUUGGGCUACAUCUACUUUUACCAUCGACUGUCUAGCAGUUAGACCAAGCUGGAGUCGCCCCGCCCCUCCACCCCCACCCCACCCCACCCUCCACCCUCCACCAUGCAACCUUAGAGAACCGCAGCCUUGCAACCAGACGACUGGAAGACAAAAACAACAGCUCCAGUGGAAACGAUGGAAAUCACCUCUCUAUGACCAGCCAACAGGAGAACUGCUCGCCUUAUCAUGAUGUCACUGAGGAGCAAACCGGAGACGUUCAGCACGUCCAACUGUGGUUGGAAAGGGAAAGCAAUGUGCUUUUGUGCAUCUGUGUUAUUAUAUUGUGCUUUAAAUGUGUAUUUCAGUGUUUUCUUUUGUCUCUACAGUGUAGGUACAGAGGGAUGUGUGCAAUUUCCAUGACUGGAGUGCUGUAUACACAGAAUAAUGUCACAUAUCAGAUAUUUUUGUUCCUUCUCUAUGCCUUCAGCUACUGUGCCAGUCUUUUUCAAAAAAGGUACGUUUUGUAAAUGUAUUGUGAAGUGGCCGUGCUUCAAUGCCAGCCCUGAAAUGCUCUGAACUAAAAACUGCAACAACAACAAACAGGAGAUUAUUAUGCUGCUGGUGGCUUUGCAGUUUACUGCGUGGCAUUGAAAUAAAAGAGAGUGUCCUUCAUCCGCUGGGAAAUUGAAAGGACAUCAGGAAUUGUAAACAUGCUCUGUAGCAGGUUUUAGUCAGACAUAUGCAAGUUUCAGAAUGAGGAAGAACACCAGGACAAAACAAACAAACAGAAAAAAAAAAAAAAACGCAUCUGCUCGACUGUGAUGGGCACUUAACAUAGAAGCCUGUGAACAGGUGUGAUGUAGA